CAGAAGAGCUACUUGAUCUCCGGGGCCUAUCUGAGUAAACGCUCUACUCUAGGUCGUGGGCUCGCACUAAAUGCUUGACACACAGAUCGAUUGUGACGUCAUCAGGUAUCGGGCCAGUGUCUGUCACCGUCGCAUAUCUACCAUACAAGGAUGGCGUUGGAGGGAGUUUGUCCGUGUGUCUGUUCUAUUUAGCUCAAUAUGAUUUUCCGUAAACAUUGCUGACAUGUUUAUGAAAAUGUGUGGAUUUGUCAGGUUUUCAGUAACAUAUUUAUUUUAUGUUCAUAUCGUUGGAUGAUUUUGCGGACUGUAUGGGUGCCAAUUUGGUGAUGCGACUCUGACGUGGAGCACGUAACGCCCGCCAGUAUCUGUUGGUAUCGCUCUCUUCAGACGCUAUGUUCACCAGCGAGUGAAAUAACCAUUCGGCAUAGCAGUGUGCUUUGGAGAGAUUUUCCUGUAUGAGAUAUCAUUGUUUUUCUAGUUUUGAAAUUAAAGUGAAAUGCGUUGACUAUAAGCGCUCACAACGAUGUCAAAAAUUAAGGAGGCUCGACGGCCCACUUUGGCUGUUAUAGAGGAAAACGCACUUCCGGAAAUAUAUGUGACUCCAGAAAAGGAAACGGAGACCCCACGAAAACUUUUAGAUGAAAAUGAUAAUGUGUAUUCUCAUCUAAAUCUCCUUAAAGAAAAGACUGCCAAAUUAAAUCUUAGCACGCGACGGCCAAGUUACGUCACGUGGAGAAACGAGUGCAUAGUGGACUCAGGGAGAGGAAUUAAGGCAAGACUGCCGAGUGUAAGGGGAGAAGACUCUGUUAAUGGGAACGAACUAACUCUCGAUAAGCGAAUAGACAAUAUUGAUGGUGCUCUGGCUUGGAUUAAGCAGGAACUUCUAGCGAUGCGCACGCAGGACCAGGAUAUAGCCAGGAAGCUGCUUUCAUUACGUCAGGAGAUGAACGCGCUGAGGCUCCAGUGGAGCUGUGACGAACACAAGGAGAUGCUGGAGGAGGCUCAAUGUGACCUUGAGGAAAUGCACGAGCUACAGGACAUCUGUGACACGCCUCUAGACAGUGUUCAGCCCCACCAACUCAAACAAAUAGGGGUCACCAAAAUGAACCUCAACACAAGGAGAUUCUCUAUUCUAUAACCGGUCCUUUUAUAAUUUAUCUUUCAAUAGUGCUGUGUUUUCCGUCUUCAUCGAAUCACGGUUGGAAAUGAACAUAUGUCGAGUAAACAUAAACGUCCUUUUCAAUUGGUCCCAUUCUCAUUACGAAUGGAUCCCGUUAGGUCUUUUACUCUGCGUCAACCUUUUUGGUAGAACCUCUCGUUUUGCAGUCCGUAGUCUAUACUGAGUCCUUUCAGACAUCGGAGACGAAAAGUUGACCUUGACAUUUCCGUCAUGGUAUGACCUUGAACCUAUCAGAUCUCUUUGAAAAACGUUAUACGAUAUUAUUUUUAUAUUUUGUUAUGUUCUUUUUACCCAAUAUCUAGGUGUCUUCCCACUUAGCCAACAUUUUGAAGAAAUACAGGUAAAAUACAGGUAUAUGUGUUGUCUAAGUGGGAAUGGGGUGCAGGUGGAGAACAAAAGAAUUUAAUUACAGGUAAGCUAUAGUCUGUUUUCAGAUGAAAGUAGGAGAAAUAAUAUUUAUUUGUUAGCCUACAGAAGAAUACAUAUAAAUUGAGCUU